GCAAACCGGUAGCGGCAAUCAGAAGUUCUAUACUAUUCCUGAAUGCUGAGGGCUGGCGCACGAUUUCGAAAGCCAGUGCGGAAGUCUGAAGAAAGAUGAAGACCCUUAUGGUGUUCGACUUCGACCACACAAUAGUGGAUGAAAAUUGUGACACUUGGGUCAUAAGAAGCACCCCGGACAAGUGCCUGCCAGAUUCACUGAAAAAGUCUUAUCAGAAGGGGCGAUGGACUGAAUAUAUGGGCAGGGUUAUGUCGCACAUAGGUGAUCAAGGCGUCACACCGGAGUCGAUUCGAUCUGUCAUGCAUACUAUUCCGUUUACAGACGGCAUGGUAGAACUUUUCACAUUCAUUUCAGAACACAAGAAGGAUGUCGACUGCAUCAUUGUCUCCGAUGCCAACAUGGUGUUUAUCGACUGGAUCUUAGAGGGAGCUGGGCUUCAACAAGCAUUCGAUAAAAUAUUUUCAAACCCAGCCAGUGUCGAUAGCCGUGGUUACGUAACGGUGCAGUGCUACCAUUCUCACACCUGCGUAAAGUGCCCCAUCAACAUGUGCAAAAGAAAAAUUCUGGAAGAUUUCAUUGCGGCCCAAGACAAGAUGGGCAUACAGUAUGCCAGGACAAUGUACGUCGGUGAUGGAGGCAAUGAUCUCUGCCCGCUUAAGUCAAUGCGUGAAGAAGAUAUUGCGAUGCCACGUAAAGGUUAUACUCUGGAGCGGUUGGUGUUGGCCGGAGUGGUAACCGAGGACGCCACCCCACUGAAGCCGCGCGUUUUAGUUUGGACAAGUGCCAUUGAAAUUCUCAAUGAACUCAAAGCUGCCAUACAAUAGAACUCUGCGAUGCUGCCCCCUCAGUAAUGUGACGGUAACACAUAAAAUGCCCGUUCAAAGUAACAGUCAUAAUCUGAUUAUUCACCUCGAUUCCUAAGGGCACAUAUCAGAACAUGGUCUAAUCAAUUGUAGCCUUUCAAAUGUGUUGAUUUAAUCAAGUGUCCUAUAACGAACAACAUGUGAUGUGGAGUCAAUUUGGCAUGCUGAAUUUACACGUUGAUUGUGUGGGUGUGGUCUUGUCCAUAUAGUGAACAACUGACAUGGUUUGUUCACGCUACUUUUUUAUUAAAUUAUAAUGAUAAUAAAUAUUUAAUAAUCAUGUGGCUAAAAUGAUCUAGUUUCGACGUCGAAACCAAGCACACACUGACUACAUCUCUCAAAAGAGGAACAUGCGGAGAGAUUGAGCAUACUAUGCAAAGCAUUUACAGUGUAAAAAGGCCACCACGAACGAACAUUUCGUUUUUCAAUCUAACAGGCCCAUGUUUUUAAUAAUUGUAGGCUUAUCGUCACAGGGAUCAAAAUCAGAAUGCAACUUGUAAGUGUAUGUGCGACGACAUAGGUCGGUGGGAGUAGGCUAGGUGAUUUAAGGUUACCGGCGGUUGUGGUUGGAUUAUUGAACGGGCACAACCCCCAACAUCUUGUGACAGCUGUGUGCAGAGAGCUAUUGUGCGCCGUUAUCAGGCGCAAUCCCAGGAUGAUACCAACAUGCUCACGGUUGGCUUCAAGCCACACAAAUAUUUAGGCUAGCCAUGGUGGAUGACUGUGAAUUGGUUCAUUUGAUUAUGCAUUCCUCCGAAACGCUUGCAGUGAUGGUGACUGACAUUUUCGGAGCGAUGCUCUGAAGCCAUUCUAGAGGCGACGCACAGGAGACCGCAGGUGGAGCGCCGAAGCGCCUAUCGUGAGCAUUGUUUUUGUUUUGGUUCAGACCAUUGCCGUAGUAGUAGGUAUUUACAAUUUGCUCUCGAUUGAGGUUUACAAAGAGAAAACACAUGUAGCAUUAGCGUACUAGCCUACUGAUAAUGCUUUUCGCCAAAUGAUGUCCACAUUUUGGCUAAGCAAACAGCCAUGGUGAUUUAAUGUACUAGCUUAAUGUACUUUCCAUAAAACUGCUUAGGCUACUGCUAAACAUUUCCCAGGCGGAUUGUGAUGAAAGUCCGGAUGCAAAGACGACUCUGCAAUACACUGUUGCAUUGCUACAUCCAUGGCAUAUUAGAAUUGCUCUCUGUGUCAAUUGGAUCAUCACUAAUAACACAUUACUAUCUGUUUUUUAAUUAAAAUGCAUAUGUCUGUAGC